UCAGCGCUAAGCCAAUCAGCAUUCAGAUUGCGUCGCGUCGCUCCAGGGUAACACGGACCAGAGUGUCGGUGCCAAGAUAUGAACUCUAGUAGCUACUUCACGUCCGUCGGUUAAGAGCACAGUCAGCCAUGCCUGUGACAUCUCAGCUGCUCAGGGGUUUACCCCGCACCAAGGUCUUGGCCUCCAGUCUGUUACCAUCUCAACAGCACCAGUCCCAUUUAGCACCCAUCACUCAACGACCUGCCUCAAGACGUCCAUCCCACAUGUGGCAGAGUCACCAGCACUCAAGAAGAUACCAGACAGCGACAGUGCUCCGCAGCUACAUCCUCACGCCUCCACAGGUCAACUCCAUUCUCAAAGCCAACGAGUACAGCUUCAAGGUGCCAGAGUUUGAUGGGAAGAAUGUGUCAUCAGUGAUGGGUUUUGAGAGUAAUCAGCUGCCAGCCAAUGCCCCUAUAGAGGACCGUCGCAGUGCAGCCACAUGCCUGCAGACACGAGGAAUGCUGCUGGGUGUGUUUGAUGGCCAUGCUGGCUGUGCCUGCGCUCAGGCGCUGAGUGAGAGGUUGUUUUACUACAUAGCGGUGUCUCUGCUGCCCCACGACACAUUAUGUGAGCUCGAGGCAGCUGUAGAGUCCGGCAGGGCCCUCAGUCCCAUCCUGCAGUGGCACAAACACCCCAAUGACUACUUCAGCAGGGAAGCUCAGACGCUCUAUUUCAGCAGCCUCCGAACUUACUGGCAGGAGUUAAUAGAUCUCACCAGCCCAGGCGAGGUUCCAGACACCCGCGAGGCGUUGCUGAGUGCCUUCAAGAGGCUGGACAAUGACAUCUCUCUGGAGGCUCAGGUUGGAGAUCCGAAUGCUUUCCUGCACUAUUGGGUUCUGAGAGUGGCCUUUUCUGGAGCAACAGCUUGUGUGGCUCACAUCGACGGAUCAGAACUGUUUAUAGCCAAUGCAGGAGAUGCCCGGGCAGUGUUGGGGGUGCAAGAGGAGGAUGGUUCAUUUAGCGCUCACACCCUCUCUAAUGACCACAACGCCCAGAACGAAGAUGAGGUGACUCGGAUACGGGGUGAACACCCUCCAUCAGAGAGAAAGACAGUUAUACGACAGGACCGGUUGCUCGGCCUCCUCAUGCCGUUCCGUGCAUUCGGGGACGUGAAGUUCAAGUGGAGUAUUGAACUUCAGAAGCGCGUGUUGGAGUCUGGACCUGAUCAGCUCCAUGAAAACGAGCACACCAAGUUCAUCCCACCAAACUAUCACACACCACCCUACCUGACCGCUGAGCCAGAGAUCACAUACCACAAACUUCGGCCACAGGAUCGCUUCCUGGUGAUCGGCUCUGAUGGCCUCUGGGAGACCCUCCACAGACAGGAAGUGGUUCGUGUUGUGGGAGAGUAUUUAACAGGGGUGCACCAGCGUCAGCCGCUCAAAGUCGGAGGCUACAGGGUCACCCUAGGACAGAUGCAGGGGCUUCUUGAAGAGAGGAAGGCUCGCGUGUCUUCGGCUUUCGAGGAUCAGAACGUGGCGACCCACCUGAUGCGUCACGCGGUGGGAAAUAACGAGUUUGGCACGGUAGACCACGAGAGGCUUUCGAAAAUGCUGUCGCUGCCCGAGGAGCUGGCUCGCAUGUACCGGGAUGACAUCACCAUCAUCAUUGCUCAGUUCAACCCUCAUGUGAUUGGAGCACAGAGACAGGAAGGGUAGUCUUGCGCUGUUCAAAAGCCAUUCACUGGUGUCACACUGACGAGUACACUCACCUCUGUAAAUGUGUACUGCAGAUCUACACGUAAGCACACUCUGUGGACAAGCAGGCCACAGCGAGAAAAUAACUGAAGGAAUUUGUUUUCACUCUAUUUAUGUAAAGAAUUUGUAUGUUUUUAUGCAGUGCUGCAGAAGAUCCGGUUUCUUAUGACGUAAAAAAACUCUCUCUAAAAACAAGUUUGAAGUGUUUUAUAUAAGAUGUUAUUUAUGACAAUAUUCUGCUGCAACCGUUUCAUAAACACUUAUCUGCAAGGCUGAUAAGACACUGUUACUAACUGAUUUUUGUGCCAAAAGUUUCAACCGUUCAACCUUGUUUACUGUAAGACUCAGCAGGGUUGAAAUUAUAGAAAUUCCAAGGAGGGUGAAGGUUGGGACUUUACAAGUAAAGAGUCCCUGCAGCACUGAUCCAACCUGCCUUUUCAGAUAUGGACUCUUAACUGGUCUGAGACAUGAUAACACCAGACUCUCUUUUUCUGUUGUCGGGUUUUGACACUCAAGUUAAAGUGCUGACGUUGAGCUCACAUCCAUAGGACAUUCACAUCCAUACUGGAUUGACAGUGUAGGACCCACAGUGCAUUGGAUGUGGAUGUAAAUACCCUAGCAUUAAAGUUUAGCCCAGAAGAUCGUCCCAAGAGAAAGAGGGAAGAGAGAGAAAAUAAUUCUGUUUCAAAAUUUUAUGGAUUUUCUCAGACUUUUCUCUCUAAUGUUUACUUCUUUAAAAAAAAAUACUGGAUACUUUCACCUCUUUGGGCUUUUAAAAAUCCUUUGAAUGAAACAACCUGAGAUGAAUAUUGUUCAGCUGCUUACAACUUGUGUUUUGAGCAGCCAGUAACGUUUAACAAGAGAACACAAAUAGGCAGUGCCUCAUUUUAAAGGGUCACAAGCCAGAAUGGUUUGGAACCACUGAGCUUGUUUUUAUUUAAAACCCAGUAGUACACUGACGACAAAGUUAAAACAAAACUGUCCAACUAUUCACAAUAUUUUUAACAAGUUAUGAGCUUGAACCAUUACAGGUAGAAUGAUAUGUACCAGGCUUUUCUGUGACACUAUCACUUGAUUAUUAUGGUGUUUCUUUGCUGAAAAAAGUAAUAGUAAAGUGAAAUAUUCUCCAUUUCUCAACACUACUUUGGCUAGAAAGACAGUAGUAGAUUUAAAGUCAGUAUGUGUGUUAGUGAACCCUCUAAGCAAACACACUAACUGAACUUUACCACAAUCAAACCAUGUGGUAAAAUCGGUGAAGCUUCUGUUUUCAAGGGGUUGUAGUAAAAUCACAGUUUGUAGUUAUUUUCCAAGCUUUGUUGGCUUUAAAGGGAUGCAUGGUCAUCUUGCCUUAUGUUUUUUUUUUUUUUUUUUCUCACAGUUCAUUAGCAGUGUUGAAAACAGUUUCUUACAGAUUUUUUUAUUCACGACAGCAAUGGUGAAAGUAGAAGCAGACUACUCUCCUUAUACUCUCCAGUUAAACACUAUUUACAGGGGCAUGGCUUUGUGUUUAAGUGUAUUUAAGCCCAGAUGAAUGAGCAGAAUGUAAAUUUGAAACAAGCUGUUUGAAUAUUAUUAAGUUUAUUUAUUCAGCUUUAGCAUUAUGUUACACAUGUUUAUCUAAGGUUGUAUGUAUAAAUUGUAACUUAUGUGGAUUAAGUUUUGUAUAUAGAAUGGUUUAAUAAAAGACUGUAUACACAACA